AUGAAAAGAAGAUUUAAAACGUGGAUGUGUAAAAAGGAAAAAAAAAACAAAAAACAAGAGAACAAAAGAGAAGAAGACAAAAGAGACGAAAAAACCCAACUAGAGAUUGCUGAGGCCUGGGAUAGCAUUCUUUUGGCUCAAAUAGUAAGAAGUUGUGUUUUAGUAACUCACUCGUUUCUUAGAAAAUAUAUUUUAUUACCUUCAUUAAUAAUAGCUAAAAAUAUCAUUCGUAUACUAUUAUUUCAAUUUCCUGAAUGGUCCGAGGAUUUUACGGAUUGGAAGAAAGAAAUGCAUGUUAAAUGCACUUAUAAUGGAGUUCCAUUAUCCGAAAGGGAAUUCCCAAAAAACUGGCUAACAGAGGGUAUUCAAAUAAAGAUACUAUUUCCAUUUCGUCUGAAGCCUUGGCACAGAUCAAAGAUCAAAUUUUCUCAUAAAAAUCCAAUCAAAAAGAAAGGCCAAAAAACAUAUUUUUGUUUUUUAACAGUUUGGGGGCUGGAAACGGAACUCCCCUUUGGUUCUCCCCAAAAACACCUUUCACUUUUUGAAGUUUUCUUUAAAGAACUCGAAAAAAAAAUGAGAAAAUGGAAAAAAAAUUCUUUUCGAAUUUUAAGAAUUUUUAAAGAACGCAGAAUUUUUUUUUUUACUUUUUCAGAAGAAAGAAAAAACUGGUUCGUCAAAAACUUUUUAUUUCUACAAGAAAUACUAAAUAAACUUUCCAAAUUAAAAACAAAUCCAAUUAAAAAAAUUCCAGUUGGAGAAGUAUAUGAAUUAAAAUUAACUGAAACUCAAAAAGAAAAAGGUUCGAUAAACACUAAUUGGAUAAUUAAAAAAUUGUCCCCUCAAAUUCAAUCUAGAGAUUCGAAAAAUUCUUCACUGACAGAAAAAAAAAUGAAAGAUUUGACUGCUAAAAUAAACACAACCAGAAAACAAAUAAAGAAAAUAAAAAAAAAAAAGAAAAAAAAAUCGCAAAUCUCGAAAAAAAGUUAUAAUGCUAACAGCUUAAAUUUAAAAUCAUUAAAAAGGAUAUUAAAAAUACGAACUGGCCAAUUAGUGCGUAAAUACCGGUUUGUUAUAAAACUUUGGAUUGAAAAGAUAUCCAGAGAUAUCUUCUUAGGUAUCAUUAAUAUUCCGAAGGUCACUUCGCAUUUCUUUCUUCAAUCCCCAAGUCAAAUUUUUGAUAAAUUCAUUUUCAACAAUGAAAAAAAUGGCAAAAGAAUUGGUAAAACAAAUCCAAAUACAAUUCACUUUAUUUCGAUUAUAAAAAAAUUAGUUAAUAUUAAUAAAAAACUUUUUUGUGAUGUAGUUCCCUUGUCCCAAGCAUAUGUAUUUUAUAAAUUAUCAAAAACGCAAGUGAUUCACUUAUAUAAGUUAAGAUCUGUCCUUCAAUAUGACGGAACCUCUCAAUUUGUGAAGAAUGAAAUAAAAGAGUUUUUUGAAACACAAGGAUUACUUCAUUCCAAAUUAAAAAGUAAGAAUUUGGAAAAUUUUUUAAUGAAUGAAUGGAAAACCUGGUUAAUAAAUCAUUAUCAAUAUAAAUACAAUUUAUCUAAAAUUAAAUGGUCUAAACUAAUACCCCAAAAAUGGGGAAAUAGAAUCAACCAAUGCUCUACUGUUCAAAAUAAGGAUUUAGACAAAUGGAAUUUUUCUGAAAAAACCCAAUUAAGUCAGUAUGAAAAACAAAAAAAAUUGGGAUCGGACCCAUUAACGAACGAAAAAGAUAAUUUGAAAAAACACUUUAGAUAUAAUCUUUUAUCAUAUAAAUCUCUUAAUUAUGAAGAAAAUUCCAAUACAGAAAAAGGACAUUUUUUUGAUAUGUUCUCUAUCAGUAAUUCUCUAGCAGAAGACGCUAUUUUGGAUAUUGAGAAAAGACCAAAUCGAAAAUAUUUUGAUUGGAAAAUCCUCCAUUUUUGUCUUAACAAAAAAGGCGAUAUGGAGUCCUGGGUUGAGCUUGGAACCAAACAAAAAGAACAUACGAAAAGCGGAACUAAUAAAUAUAAGAUUCCCCAAGACCAAAAAGUCACCCCAUCAAAUGAAAAAAAAAAAAUUUUCGAUUGGAUGGGAAUGAAUGACGAAAUGCUAAAUUUUUUUAUAUCCAAUUUUGAACUUUGGUUCUUUCAAAAAUUUGUUAUACUUUCCAACGCAUAUAAGAGGAAACCCUGGGUAAUACCAAUCAACUUACUUCUUUUAAAUUUAGAGGUAAAUGCAAAUGGUAAUGAAAAAAAAAAAAUCAACGGAAAGACAAAUGAGAAUUUGAUUAUAUCUCGGAAUAAAAAAACAUGGAUUGAAGUAGAAAAGCUCGACUACGACGAAAAAGAACCCCAGGAUCAAGUGGAUUUUGGAUCAGUUCUCGCAAAUGAAGAAAAAGUGAUGGAAGAAAAUUUUGGUGAAUCAACUAUGAAAAGUAGAAAGAAAAACCAAGAUAAAAGUAAUAGGGAAGCAGAGCUUGAUUUCUUCCUAAAAAGGUAUUUACGUUUUCAAUUACGAUGGGAGGAUUCUUUAAAUCAACAAAUAAUUACUAAUAUUAAAAUCUAUUGUCUUCUGCUUAGAUUGACAAAUCCGCGAGAAAUUCUUCUAUCUUAUGUUCAAAGAAGAGAAAUCAAUCUAGAUAUUCUCAUGAUUCAAAGGGGUUUAACUCUUACAGAAUUGAUGAAAAAGGGAAUUUUGAUUAUCGAACCCGAGCGUCUGCCGGUAAAAAAGAAUGGAAAAUUGAUUAUGUAUCACAUGAUAAAUAUUUUAUUAGUUCAUAAGAACAAACAAAAAAUGAAUCAAAGAUACAAAGAAAAAAAUUAUGUUAAUAAAGAGAAAUUUCCCGAAUCUAUUGAACGGGAUCAAAGUAGAAUUGGAAAUAUAGAAAAAAAAGAUUAUGAUUUACUUGUUCCUGAAAAUAUUUUAUCCCCUAAACGUCGGCGGGAAUUGAGAAUUCUAAUUUCUUUGAAUUCAAAAUCAAAAAAAAAUAAUGCUAUUCAUAAAAAUAUAGGAAUUUUAAACAAUAAGAACCUAAAACAUGAUUGUCACAUUUUGAAACCUUUUGAUAGAAAAAAAGGGGGGGGGAACUAA